CCGAUCAGUGGACUCACGAGCCGGACAAACCAAGCACACGUACACCACACCCGUCCCUCCUCCUCCCUGCUCCGAAAGAAAAAGAACAGAGACGAAUUCGCGAGCACGAAGAGCGGAGAUCCGAAUCGGCGCAGAAGAAAGGCCCCGCGAUCGCUUCGCCCGCACGAAAUUCCCCAGCGCGAUCGAUAUAAUCUUUAGGACAGAACCAGCCAGGACAUAGCAAAGGUGUAAGUAAUGGAAUCAACUCAUGCAUCUGAAGAAAGUAACUCAAAAGAGUCAUCGCCAAGAGAAAAUCUAGAAACUUUUGCAAAUUCACUAGCUCUGACUGAUACAUUGGAAGUCAGUAACAAUGGUGAUCAUGAAAAAACAAAUGCACACAAGGGAAAGUUUGUCCAAGCAGCCACACUGGAUAUCUCAAAUGGCCUGUCAGUCGCUACCGAUAGUUUGAAGUUAUCUUCACAGGUCUUGGAAAAUUCUCAUCCUCAUUUAACAGUGGACCACGUGCAAUCAAAUCCCCCUACAGCUACAGCUCCUGACAUGCUAUCAAAUUCAGGACCAACUGAGGCAUUCAAACACUCGAUGGAUGAUCAGGCAGAUCAGUCUUCUUCAGUACAUCCCGCCGAAGUGAAUCAUGUUACAGACAAGAUACGUUGUCAGACAAGGAUUGCUGUAAAACCAAAAGUGAGAGAAGAGUCCGAAACAAAACCUGAAAGUCCAUAUAAAGGCCUCAUUGACACUGCUGCACCUUUUGAGUCCGUGAAAGAAGCUGUUACCAAGUUUGGUGGAAUCAUUGAUUGGAAAGCUCACAAAGUUCAGAUGAUGGAGAGACGCAAGUUCAUACAACUUGAACUUGAAAAUGCCCAGAAAGAAAUUCCACAGUGCAAAGAAGAACUAGAAGCUGCUGAGAUUGCUAAAUCACGAGUACUUGAUGAACUAGAGAUUACUAAGAGAAUUAUAGAAGAGCUAAAGCAUGAUCUUGAGAAAGCACAGAUGGAAGAAGUUCAAGCAAAACAGGACUCUGAGCUUGCACAACUCAGGGCAAAAGAAAUUGAGCGGGGAGUAGCAGAUGAUCUUAGUGUAAUAGCCAGGACCCAAAUGGAAGUCGCAAAAGAAAGACACGAAAAAUCUGUUGCUGAACUUACAUCAGUAAAGGAAGAGCUGAAAACUUUACAUGAACAGCACGCAACCUUAGUUGAUGAAAGAGACAGAGCAAUAAGAAGAGCAGAAGAAGUUUUAUCUUCUGGAAAAGCUAUUGAGAAGAGAGUGGAGGGACUCACUUUAGAACUAAUUGCAUCUAAAGGAUCCCUGGAGUUGGCCCAUGCUGCCCAUCAUGAUGCCGAAGAACGUAGAAUAGGCGCAGCAUUGGCAAAAGAACAAGAUUGUCUUGCUUGGGAAAUAGAGUUGUCACAGGCACAAGAGGAGAUGCGACAACUGAACAAUGAGCUUCUGUCCAAAAAUGACGUGAAGCAAAAACUUGAUGCAAAUUUGCGCAAGCUGCAAAGUCUUAGGUCUGAGCUUGCUGCCUAUGUGGAGAAUAUACUGAGUAAAGAAGCUGAAGGAGUUGCCAAGGAGCAUGAGUUCGAAGAUGCUACACAAAUUAGCAGCUCGAUUAAGGAAACUCUGGCUUCAGCACAAAGAGAGCUCGAGGAAGUUAAAGGGAACAUAGAAAAUGCAAAAACUGAGGCGAAGGUGUUAAGAGUUGCUGCCACAACCCUCAGAUCUGAAUUGGAAAUCGCGAAAGCUUCACUUGUCUCGUUGCAGGACAGGGAAGGUAUGGCAUCUGUUGCAGUUUCUUCACUAGAAGCUGAGCUCAACAGAACGAAAAAGGCAAUAGAAUCUGUGAGGUCCAAGGAAGAAGAUGCUCAAGAGAGGAUGGUGGAUCUUCCUAAGAUGUUGCAGCAAGCAGCUGAGGAAGCCGAGGAGGCCAAGGUGGCAGCUCACUUGGCACAAGAGCAACUGAGGAAGAUCAAGGAAGAAACCGAGCAAAUCAAAGCAGCUGCAAUUACAGUAAGUACCAGGUCAUGUGCUGUUCUGAAAGAAAUAGAAGCAUCCAAAGCAUCUGAGAGGCUAGCACUUGCGGCAGUUCAAGCAUUGCAAGGAAGCAACGAGGCCAGCGAUGUUGAGGAUUUGACCAGAGGAGUGACACUUCCUGUAAGUGAGUAUUACGCAUUUAGCAAGAAGGCACACGAAGCGGAAGAGCUGGCAAAUGAGAAAGUGGCAGAAGCACUGGCACAGGUGGAGUCGGCGAAAGGGUCUGAAUCAGAGAGCCUAGAUAGGCUAAGCAAAACGUCGAAGGAGAUGGAUGAAAAGAAGCAAGCUCUUGAACUUGCAUUGGAAAGAGCUGAGAGGGCAAAUGAAGGGAAGCUAGCCGCCGAGCAACAGUUGAGGAAAUGGAGAGCUGACAAUGAGCAGCGCAGGAGAGCUCAGGAUGCCGCGAAACGUGCAGUUAAUCCUUUGAGCAGCCCACCUAGGAGGUUUGUUGAACAGAAGGCUCCUUACCAGAAAGAGCAGGAUUCGCAGUUACAUAUGUCAGGCAGUAGCUACGAGGACCUUGUUCCGAACCGCAAGCUAAGAAAGAAGAAAUCGUUCCUCCCUCGAAUGGGCUCGCUUUUGUCGAGAAAUACUCCGGCACAAACAUAAGAGAACAUGGUCAUGAGGCAUGAGCAAGAUGCUGUACAUUGCUGUAAUAAGUUGGUUUAAUUUGUCUUGUAAGUUGGUGUCUAGUGUCAGAUGUAAUUUUGUUGGUGUAACCUCAGGAGCACAUAUUGUAGUUUCUCUACAUCAUUUUUUGGGUAAUUAAGGAUAAAUUUUGCUAAGAAAAUGCAUGAAGCGUAGCAUUUUUCCUGUUCUGUUCUGUUUCUGCUGGAACAUGUGAGGCAAUUAAUCUAGCA